GUACUGCCAGAAGACAUACGUGAGCCGCUAGUCCAGCACCAGAAUCGUGCCUCACUAUUGGAGGUGGUGCUUGACCUGGGCCGCAGGCCAGAGGCUCGGUUUCUUGGUGUAGGAGGUGGCGAGUAUCUCCGUGAUGCUGAGAUCACCUGGGAUGACCUGAAAGCCGCAGAGGAUGCUGUUGGCGACUUUGGCAGUGACAACAGAGCAGGGGUCCAGGGCACCCUGCACCGGAUCAGUGCUAUGAGGAAUCGCAAGGGCACAAUUGUUGGUCUGACUUGUCGAGUUGGUCGCGCUGUCACUGGCCAUGUCGACAUGAUCCGUGACAUUCUUGAUGUUCCCAACUCUGUCCUGUUCCUUGGACGUCCUGGCGUGGGCAAGACCACCGUCAUUCGAGAGAUGGCCCGCAUCUUAUCCGACGACUUGAAGAAGCGCGUGGUAAUUGUGGACACUUCGAACGAGAUUGGUGGAGAUGGCGAUGUUCCCCACCCUGCCAUUGGAGGGGCGCGGCGAAUGCAAGUCCCCGACCCAUCCCAGCAGCACAAAGUCAUGGUUGAAGCAGUGGAGAAUCACAUGCCAGAGAUUGUGAUCGUGGAUGAGAUUGGCACUGAGGCAGAGGCCUUGGCGUGCCGCACAAUUGCAGAGCGUGGCGUGCAGCUCAUUGCCACAGCACAUGGGCAGCUGCUGGAGAAUCUCCUGAAGAACCCGACUCUCUCGGACCUCGUGGGAGGCAUCCAGUCAGUCACUCUGGGUGACGAGGAGGCAAGGGCAAGGGGGACACAGAAGAGUGUGCUGGAGCGCAAGGCUCCUCCGACAUUCCCACUUGUGAUUGAGAUGCGCGAGCGGGCUUACUGGGUGACACAUUGGGUGGAGGACUCCGUGGACUGUCUGCUGCAUGGCAAGGUUCCUGUCGUGCAGGUAGGCCUGCACACUUUGAGAGUAUGCUAUUUGAGGCUGCUCCCAUUAUUGUAA